UUCAGCGCCACUCUCCCAUCCACCACCAGCGCCACUCGCCAGUAUCUCAGCGCCACUCGCCCAUCUCACAGCGGCAUUCUCCGGUCCCGCCUCCGUCGCACCACUCCCCAAUCCAACAGAGACGCUCCCCAGUACUGCAGCGCCUCUCACCGGACAUGCACCGCCGCUCGCCCCUGCUGGACGUGAACAACGGGCCGGCCUCUUACUCCUGCCGGCCACCCAGCCAGCACCUGAGGGCCAGCUUCCAGGGCCGACGAAGUUACUCCGAGGUCGCAGACCCCUCGGCUUACCAGUGCCCGCCCCGCUUCACUCUGGACCCCGUCUCCACCCUGCCUAAGCCCCGGCCUUACGUCGAUUACCCAAAACAAAAGCCCCAACACGUGGGCUCUCCUCACGGAGGACUGCAGCACAGGGGGUCCUCGUCCCCCCAUCAAGGUGGCGCCGGAGGAGACGGGGGCCUCGGGGAGAGCUCCAUGCGCCACUCCAGAGAGAUGCCAUUCCCACUGUCUGAGGUGGCCCACCUUCAUUUUGAACCCCCUCCUCCUUCCACGCCGGCCCCUCAGCCCACACAGUCCUCUGAGGACGAGGAGGAGUGGACCUGCCCACAUCCCAUCAGCCCACCACGGACACUGGGGGUGCUCUCUGCUGCGGUGCCCAGCGGCGCCAUGAGGGGCCCGGCGUCCUGCUCGGCCUUCCCCAUCCCUCAGAGGCCUAACACCCUCAGCUGCCACCCUCAGUCGGGGUACAUGUCAGCAGAGCAUGCGCAGUCCUGGCCUUCCAUCAAUCUCUGGAUGGAGACCGAGGAGAGUGACAUGCGGAGCUGCCCUCUCUGCCAGCUGAUAUUCCCUAUCGGUUACCCUGACGAUGCCCUCAUCAAGCACAUCGACUCCCACCUGGAGAACAGCAAGAUCUGAUUGCCAUGGCAACCAUCUUACACACACACACACACACACACACACACACACACACACACACACUCACACACACACACAUCUGCGCUCUCCACUUAAAGAUUAUGUAAGAGAUCAGCAGACGUGGACAAAAAAUGGAAACUCCUCCUCGGGCGAUCCAUUUAGAAUCAGCUGUGUGCGGCCAUCUGGAGGUGGGGUCCAUUUUUAUUUGAUCUGGGAACGUACUUAAACACGGGUCCGUCUUGGAUUUUUUUCAACAAGCAGAGCCCUCUACCGAUUGCCCUCGAGAAAGCUCUGCCUGUAAAAUCACCGGCUCCGAGUGCUGCUUUUCUGUUUUGAGUCUCGUCCUGUGGUUUUCACAGUUUCAGGUAUUGUGUAGUUUUUCUGCAUCACAGUUCAGGAGCUCUGCAUGUCAAAGAGUUAGUUUCAGUGUUCGAGAGAAAACGAUCAGGGAGAUCUGAGGCGACUUUUUUAUUUUACAGACUAUUGUUACCUUUAGCUUUAAAUACUGUUCACCGGCAUUUUCUAUCUCACUCACAUGCUAAAGUAUAUUUUGCAGAGGACUUUGUGCCGAGCAGCCUAAUCUGGUGGACGCUGGUUUAUUGACGGAUAUUCAGGUACUUAUGGGGCGUUGAUGAGUCAGAGAGGUUCAGCUCUAAGUAAAGACUGACUGAUUGUCCGUUGAUCACGAGUUUGAUACCGAUUCAGAAGUAUAUGUUUCUGUGGCAGUUAAGAAAGUAUAAAACAUUCCAGUUUCCCACUUUAUCACCUGACAAACUGGAGAAUAUGAAUGUGAGCGUACGGUCGGAUCAGCCGGAAGGUGGUUUUACCCUCAUCGAGGUUUGAUGAUGCCCUGCAGGGCGGGGCACCAAUGCUGACACGUCACCUCAACGAGCUGAGGGAAAUUUUUGACAGAAUUUACCUUAAUGCUUGCAGCCUGGUCAAAAAUCUACGUAUCUUAGCACUUUAAGUUAGCAUAGCCUAUAAAAUGUACACAUUUUCAGUCCCCAUACAUGUAUAUUUUCCAUGUAUAAUUUACUCUUUAUAUAUUGUUUAUCUGUAAGGCAAAAAAACAUGAGGAUAUAUUUUUGGAAAUGUUGAUGCACCACAUGUCUCAUGUUGGUGACGUUGCUCCCAUGUGCUUGCACACUGAUGUACAGUAACUAGAGGAUUCGAAGGUAAACUCCCCACUGCACGGGAUACGUCUCUGUAUAAAGACUUUAAAACUGGGAUUCUCCUCCGGUCUUCCUAAAGAUCUGAACUUCAAAAACAGUUUGAUGUCACGACCGCCCAGACCACCCACCAAAAAAAAAGAAAAGAUCAAAUCAAGACUUCGGAACUUCUGAACUUUUUAGUGAACUGCAUUUCUAUCUCGGAGAUCUGAUACCAGACCGUCACCUCCAAUCAGCAGCGUUAUCUCUGCAGGGUUCACGCAAAGACAAUGCUCCUCUUUUUGAUACGUGGGGUUGAUUUUUUUUAUCACGAGUGGAAUCUUGUCUCCAGAUCUGCUGGUGAAACUUGAACUUCUUUUUGAAAAAAGCAACAACUCAAAGUUACACUGAUGUCAGCUUAUCUGAGGUUUUCAGUAACAUGUGCAGUUUCUAAUUUAGGGGAUGUCCCCACACACUCACCCAUGCAUCCUUUACACUGGUUUGAUGAUUAAGAGGUGUGACUUGAUUAGAUUACAACAAAGCAGGAUGAUGCAUGACAUGUUUCAAAUCUUUGCAUCAGUCAGCUUCAACCCCGCUGAAGUUUUCUGAAAGACACUGAAUCCCGACCAGGUCUGUUUCAGGCUUUAACUUUCGGAUGAAGGUUUUCCUGUGAAGAUCAAAGGAUAAUUCCAGUUUGUUAUCACCUUGUUUUAGUGGGUUCGGAAACUGAAUCACUCAAGAAAUAUUAUUUUGCUUUUGUUGUUGAUUGCUCGGAUCCGGCAACGCAGCAACAUCUUGAAUUGGUGAUUUGCUCUUACUGUCAAGCUAACCGCUAACCUGCUAGCCAGCUGGGCUAGUGCUAGUCAGUCACAACAGCUUCUCUCCAUUUUCUUCACACUGCUCUGUUUACUCCUCCCUGGCAUUUCAUUUAUUUUUUCAUAAAUAGUUGUCAAACUUAGCUAGCUCAUUUGCUUAGGGACAAUACCUUCAUACCACUCCUGAGUCGUAACUGUUUGUAAACCUUUGGUCGAUUCUGGAGCGGUUUAUUCUCCCACUGAGAAAGUAAAUGUGAAAGGUGCGGCCAUAGACUGUAAAUAAAGUUGGAGGACAUGUCUCCAUUUCCCCCCACUAUCCAGGAAUGAAUCCAGUAUAUCCUAUGUGUAUUUGGACUUUUGAGUUUGGUCUGUUGUUUGCAUCAUAAGACUCGAGGCAGCACUUAGCACGUCUGCAAAACUAUUUCCUGGAGGAAACUGCACAGAAUUUCUCGAGAAAAAUGUUGAGGUUCAAAGAACUCUCAAAAAUAAAUGUUACUCACAAAUAAAUGACGACAUGUAAUCGAUUUUUUUACCCUUACACUUCCUACAUCAUCAACCAUCCUCAGGAUUCUGGUUCAACUUUUUUCUGUUUCUUUCCCUGUCAGAAAGAGAUAAACUGGAAUUAUCCUUUUAAAAACUACAGACUGAGGUAAACAAUAGAAACUUUAAGGAGAUACUUGACCAUUAAAUCCAAGAGGGCUUUAAUGACUCCCAGUUAUUCUAUACUGUAUGUAUGUUCCUAUAUCACUAUGUAAAAAAUAUUUAAAGCUGUGUACAGACAGAUAUUUUGAAAGUGUGUAAGACUAAUGUACUCUUUUAUCCAACAACUUCAAAUUGGAGUGUCUGUAAAUCAAUAUAUAUAUAAUCCUCUCCACGAACACACAAAAUAUUAAGUUAUACUAAAUAUAUUACUACCCUAAACCUUUCCUCUCUUACUCACAGUGUAGUAGCGUUAUGUCCUUUAGCCACUAAUAUCCAACUGUAGUCACCUUUUAAGCUGAGGGACGACAGUGUGGCAGUGAGCGCUUUGUCACAUCACAUGAUCUGGGCCAACACUACGACCACAAAUAAACUGGAUUCAAAAGAGUAUCAGUCGUUAUAAAGAAAAAUUAAAGGAUACACAUGAUACACGUGUUUCUUCCCUCUAAGCUUUUUUUGUGAAUGUAAAAGUUAAAAGUCUGCAGUAAAACACUGAAGCUCCUGUUAAAGGGACAAGAGCUACAACCACGUGUUUGAGAAUUACUUUUUUGUCCAUAGAGGAAAUGUGCAGCGGUUAAAUAUUUCACAAACCAAGUAACCCCCCCAAUCAGAGGACCUGAACUGGCUCAUGGCCAAAGACAACAACUCAUUUCCUGUAUUUUGAAGCGCAAGAAGCAUGCUUGGUGGGUUUCUUGCUCAUGUUAGCGUGUGGAGAGGUGCGUUGUGGUUAAUGUUGGCCGGCAGAAGCAAUGCAGAGCGAUCACGCCUCUGUAUGAGCUCAUACACAGAGAUGUUUACGCGAACUGCAGAAGAUUGGAUUGGACAAGGAUUGUCACCAAAAUAGAAAAGGCAAAAACAUUUGUUUGUUUUUCUUCUUGUGUCCUAACAGCAAACUGACUCAUUGGUUUAAGCAGCAGAUGAAAACAAAGACUUUAGGUUUAAAUUCAAUAUUAUUUCAUCACUCUUAAUUUUCCCUCAGAUUUACUCAGGAGACAAACGGCGAGUUACAACAGAGACGUUUAAAAAAGAUCUGAUUCUCUUUCAUUGUUGUGCAGCUGCUUUGAUCUCCUGGUAACAUGAAGCCUCAACGAAGGGACCUCAGCACUGAUGAAAUCUCACUUUUCUGCAACACCGGUGACAUGCGAGUACUUUACGACCAGGGUGAGAAAAGAAAAUCAAACAACAGAGAUGUGUAAAGAGUCACUUUUACUUUCUUUCUCUGUAAAUAUUCUGUCAAAUAAAACUGCAAC